UAGCAUCAAGUUGGGCUAUUUAAUUAUACCAUUUUAUCAAUUUUUUUUUUUUUUUAAAAAAUCAUAAAAGUGACUCUUUUUUCUCUUUUAUCCUUAUCCAAAAUAUAUUCAUGUCUGCAAAACUCGAAUGCUUAAAAGCGUGCCAUGCAUCGGCCGAGAAGCUAUUGCAGAGUGAGAAGGGGGACGAGAAGGGGGCUGAUCAGCUGUACAAUCAAUUAGACGAAGAAAGAAAGAAAUUGACCCAGUCUUUGUAUUUCAAUAUCGAGGACACCAUUAACAUUAUUGAUGAGGAUAAAGAAUUGAUGGGUGAGCAAAUGAGUGAUUUGGAAAAACAAAAACUCGGUUUGGAGAUAGAAAUGAUCAACUUGGCCACGUUUUUCUACAAUUUAUACCACAACAAGGAACAUGAAACGAGCUUCUAUAAUUUCUUUCAGAAUGUCGUACCGUCGUCCCACAAAGCUCAAGAACGCGAUGUAAAGGACGAUACUUUGAUUUAUGUUAAAGCUAGAAUAUUGUGGUUAAUCCAAGAACUGAAGAAAGGAAAUAACUUGGAAACAGCAGUGGACAAAUGCCUUCCCUUUGACUUGGACAAAUACUUUUUUAAGCCAGGAGAAAAUGAUAAUGAUCUUUUUGCCGCUCUUUCAGAUGAACGGAACAGUCUUUUGAAACAAAGCAAGGAGGAAAUCAUGGCUUCUGAACCUAUUUAUUUAGUAGACUUUCAAAAGGAAGUAUUCGAUUUCACUCGACGCAGAUUUGUGGCACUCCUCUUAAGAAAAAAAAAAGUGUUUUCAAAACGAAGUGCUGAAGAUGAUUCAGGACAACCAGUUAAAAGAUCAAAGGUAACCGACAACACGAAUGCAAAUAGCGAGCCUGAACACACUACAGUUACAACCGAAAAUACAACAGAGACAGAAAUUAACGCAACGGCACCAAGUCAUCCUGCAUCUGAGGAUUCAGAUAGUGAUUCAGAAAAUGAAUUUGCCGAUGCUUUAGAUGGAAGUACGCCAAGUGAGAAGGAAGCUUCAGUUGAAGGCACCAAUGAUAGUCAAUCCACUCCCAUGGAUGAAGAUACCGAUCCUAACGAUGAAGUUGCCCAGGAAGAAGAGGAUUCUCAAGUACAAAAUAGUGACGAAGAUCAUGUUCACGAAAAAAGCGUUGUCUCUGAAGCCGAAAACGUUGCCGAUGAAGAAGAGGCGAGCCCUACCAACGAAGAAGAGGAGAGCCCUACCAACGAAGAAGAGGAGAGCCCUACCAAUGAAGAAGAUGCUGACAUUGAUGAAAUUCAUUCCAGUGCUGAUGAAGAAAACGCUCCUGACGAAGACAGCGAUGUUUACGAAGGGGGUGAUUCGCCUGGAGAAAGCUCUGCUGCCGAAAGAAACACUGCUGCCGGAGGAGACCAAAAAAACGUAAAAGAAAAAAAUAUACAAUCACGCUAUAUUGCAGUCAAGACUUCCCCAAUACCAGAAGCAGCACCAAAGAGAAAAGAAGAAUUUACGCCACCACCAGAAGGGUACAGAAUGGUAAAAUUAUUUAAAAGAAAAGUAGCUGUUCCUUGGGAACAAAAGGAGGUGGAUGCAUUGGAAGCUGGUUUAUCUUCCAUAAGACAUCCUUCCUGGGCUGCCAUCAAAAGUGCUUAUCCUGAAGAACUCGCUCGACGUGAUCCCGUAGCUAUCAAAGAUAAAGCAAGAAAUGAAUUGAGGAAAUUGGAAAGACAAGGAAAAACCACAGCUGAAGAGCUCGGCCCUUACCAAUAUAUUAAACCCAAACUCUAACCCGCUGAGGAAUAACUGAAAUAAAAAUAUCAAAAAUCAUAAAAAUAAAAAAGAAUUCUUUUAUGUCUAU